UUUCACGGCCGCAUCCGAGAUCACGUCCAUUACACUGCGCUGGCUCAUCCUCUACAUGAUCAAGCAUCCAGAAAUUCAGAGGAAAAUCCAAGCCGAGAUCGACAGCGUCGUGCCGCGAGACAGGCUCCCCGGCCUUGACGACAGGCCUAGCCUGAGCUAUUUGGAGGCUACGCUGUACGAGGUGGAGCGACUCGUAUCCGUUGUGCCGCUGCUGGUCCCGCACUGCGCUACCCAAGACAUCGAGGUGAACGGCUUCCAUGUACGCAAGGUCACGGUGCUGAUGGGCCACGCGGGCAGCUGUCACGGGGACCCGCAGGUCUGGCAGCGUCCCGACGAGUUCUAUCCCCCGCACUUCUUGGACGAAAACGGCAAAUUCUGUCCCAAGAAACAUGGCUUCAUCCCUUUCUCGAUUCUUGAGAAGGCUUAUUACUAG